UGGUUGAAGAUACCUCCUCAUUACCUCUUAAUCUCAUGGUUGUUUGCAUUAUUUUAGCUACAGGAACUAAAACUCCCAAGUCAGCAGAAAGUUUUCAUUCUGGACCUAUUCAGGACUCAGAAUAUUGCCACAAUAACCAUCAUGUCCUUGCUGCUCUGGAUGCUAACCUCAGUGGGUUACUUUGCUCUGUCUCUCAACGCUCCUAAUUUACACGGAGAUGCCUAUCUGAACUGUUUCCUUUCUGCCUUGAUCGAAGUUCCAGCUUACAUCACAGCCUGGUUGUUGCUUCGAACCCUGCCUCGGCGUUACAUCAUAGCUGGAGUACUGUUCUUGGGAGGAGGCGUGCUUCUCUUAAUUCAGUUCGUACCUGCAGAUUACAACUUCUUGUCCAUUGGUCUGGUGAUGUUAGGAAAGUUCGGGAUCACCUCUGCUUUCUCCAUGCUGUAUGUCUUCACUGCAGAGCUUUACCCCACCCUGGUCAGGAACAUGGCUGUGGGGGUCACAUCCAUGGCAUCCAGAGUGGGCAGCAUCAUUGCUCCCUACUUUGUUUACCUCGGUGCUUACAACAGAGUUCUGCCCUACAUCGUCAUGGGUAGCCUGACUGUCUUCAUUGGAAUCAUCACCCUUUUCUUCCCGGAAAGUUUUGGAAUGACUCUACCAGAGACCUUAGAGCAGAUGCAGAAAGUGAAAGGGUUCAGGUUUAGGAAAAAACCAAGAGAUUCAGUAGAGAAGGAAGAAAAUCCCAAAGUUCUAAUAACUUCAUUCUGAUAAGAUCUCCACCCCAUUUGGUGACCUGAAAACCAGCUGCAUCAGACUCUACGAGGAAACCAAAGCCUUUCCUGAGGAACUGGACCAAGCCUGACGAUGAACACUAAGAUGACUCUGCUAUUGAGAAACGCUUGUCAUAGAGCACACUCCAGAUAAUCUCCUUAAUUUUAAUAAAAAACCAUUUCUAGAGAGUC